AGAUGAGGUUUCUUUCUGAGGAAUAAUGUGACCUAACUUAUGUCUUCCUUUAACUUCUACUUAUCCUGAAACUGCCUCUGUGGUGGAGACGAGGAAGGACCCGGAGUACUUUAGGACCCAGCAGACAGUGGCAGGCAGCAGUUGUGUAGAUCACUAAGAGGGUCCAGUCCGGUUUUAAUUCCGUCUCUAAUCUCUGCCACAGCAGUGCUUUCCCCCACAACCCCAGCUCGGGCUCGGGCGCCUCUCCCUCUCUCUCACCAGCCUGAUCCCCGGCAAAAACAUGUCACUGGCUUCCUCACAAUGGAAACCUUAGAGGGAAAAGUGGCCCCAGAUGCGCAAGCCUGAGGAUUCGGUACAAAGAGGUGCACAAAAUGAAGACCCUGAUGCGCCAUGGGCUGGCGGUGUGUUUAGUGCUCACCACCAUGUGCACCAGCUUGUUGCUCAUGUAUAGCAGCAUCGGCGGCGGGGGCCAGAAAGAGCCGAGCCAGCAGCAGCAGGUGGCGGUGGAGGCCAGUGGGAAGCCGGAGACCAAGCAGCUGGGCAGCAGCCAGAGGCUCCCUGUGGGGGCUGGGCUCCUAGAGGGCUACAUCAGUGUCCUGGACCACAAGCCUUUGAAAAUGCAUUGCAAGAGUUGUGCACUGGUAACCAGUUCUGGACACCUUUUGGGAAGCAAACAAGGCAACAGAAUCGACCAGACUGAAUGUGUAAUACGAAUGAACGAUGCACCCACUCGAGGUUAUGGAAAAGAUGUUGGAAACAAAACUAGCCUUCGAGUCAUUGCACAUUCUAGUAUCCAGAGAAUUCUGCGAAACCGCAAUGAACUGUUAAAUAUGAGUCAAGGUACUGUGUUUAUCUUCUGGGGUCCCAGCAGCUAUAUGAGACGAGAUGGAAAAGGUUUGGUUUAUAAUAAUCUGCAAUUGAUGAAUCAGAUACUACCUCAAUUAAAAGUAUAUAUGGUUUCUCGGCACAAGAUGCUUCAAUUUGACGACCUCUUCAAAUGGGAAACUGGCAAAGACAGGAAGAUAUCCAACACUUGGCUUAGCACAGGAUGGUUCACAAUGACUAUCGCAUUAGAACUCUGUGACAGGAUAAAUGUUUAUGGCAUGGUGCCACCAGAUUUCUGCAGUUUUAGGCUGCAGACCUGGCUGAAGAGCAAGUUAUAAAAUGGAGGAUGCCAGCUAAGCUUAGAGUUUAGCACCACCUGUAGUCUCUGGCCCCGAAGAGCAAAGAUCCAGGUAAGGCUGUUUACAUAGGGGUAGGAAUGGUCUCUCAACUUCACUGUUUAGAGACGGGGGCAUAUGUCCUCCCUGCAGAACAGGUGUCAACACCACCGUUACCAUAAUCUGAUGGAGGCUGAUCUUUACACAGAGGGGCAGCUCUCUGAACAAAAGUGGGUGGCAUUACUGGUGAUAGUAGGGAUAGCAGCAGCUUUGGUUUACCUAUAUUCCUCCAUCAUGUCAGAAAGACAGAGCUUCCUGGUAGGCAUUAAGAUAACCUAGGAAAACAAGGAUUGGCUUGUAUGGUGAAUUGAACCCUCCUAUUUUCAUAGCUGCCAGGACUUUCUGCCCUGGGGCUUAGGUAGGUUUGCUUGUUUCUCUCUAUUUUGAAGCCUCUUCUGCCAGUCUGGAGUCAUGCAUUUGUGUAAUCAUUUGGGCAUGCCUGCGAAAACCAAGUACUGCACGUACAUACAGGAUAUCAUUUUUCCUUAAAGCCACAGCCAUGAAUCAAGGUACACAGACAUUUAGGCAUGCAUAUCUGGCUAUGUACAUAUGGAAAAGCUACCAUACCUUUAGUCAAAUGAUGGCAAUACGCUUGAAUAAGUGAUCCUAAAGAAGUGAAAAUGUUGAAAUAAAGAUGCUGAUUUUAGAGUGAUGAUUAUUCAGGUUUUUUAAAAAAGUUUUUACCAUUUCUAUAGUAUCAUAAUUUGUCCUAGGUACUAUACAGUAAAACAAUACAUCAGUGCAGUUAUACGGUCAAGGAUUUACAGACAAGAAGGUCAGCAAUAAAAUCUUGGCCACACCGUGGGCAUGGGUGUACACACAUACAGUGUACAUACAAUGUGUAAUUCUGCUCUGAAAAGUGUCUAUUGAAAAAGUGAUUUUUAUACAACAGUUCUACUCCUAUCUAUAGUCAUUCAUAGCUGCAUACUUUAGUGACUGAAAAAAGAUUUUACUGUUUUAUAUUCCCAAGAGGGAGAAAAAGCUGGAUUCUAUUCUGUGUGCAUCAUCACUAAAAUUGUUUAUUAAAUUCCAAAUGCAGGGCUAAAAUAUGCAACCUCAGAGAAAGCACUGAGAUUGCACAAAGGGUAUAAUUUUCCCUGCAAAACUUAUAUGAUGUGACAGAUGGAAAGUACUCAGUUUGACUCUUAGAUCCCAGGUUGAGUUGACAUGGCUGGAAGUUGGGGAAGGACGGGGGGAAUUUCACUUGUAAACAGCACAUUUACUCGGAACCUUACUUAGGCGUGUUUCUAGAGUCACUUUUCUGAGUGAUACUGUACUUAGGGACAAAAAUUAUAAUCAAAUACCUGAAAGAAAAGACUGUCCUAUGAGCAAGAUGGCUGACUUAUGGGAGUUCUGGGAUUCAGCUUCCUUAACCAUGGAAUGUUUUUCUGGGAAGGACAACAGUUGAGAAGAGAUGGAGUGCACCUGCCCAAGAAGGGGAAGAACACCAAUUCAACAACAUAAUGAGGAGAGCUUUAAACUAGGUUCAAAGAGGACAGGUGACAAAAGCCCACAGGUAAACAUUAACAAAGGCAAACUUAACAGAGGACUAGAUGGGAGGGGGGGAGUGUCAAUAGAAAAUUACAAUAGGGUCAGCAAGGAGCAUCAAGAGGGAUAUCAGUGGGGGAAUCUGUUCAAAAUCUUAGAUAUCUAUACAGAAAUGGAAGGAAUAUGGGGAAUAAAAAAGAACUGGAAGUGUUAGCAGAUAAGCUAAAUUAUGACUUAACUAGCAUCACAAAGACUUGGUGGGAUAAAAUACAUGACUAAAAAAUUGCUAUAGAGGGGUAUAGCUUGUUCAGGAAGGACAGGCAGGGAAAAAAGGAGGAGGUGUUGCAUUAUACAUCAAGAAUACAUACACAUAUUCCAGAAAGCAGUGAGAGGCAGAUUAGUUGAAAAUCUCUGGGUAAAGGUAAAAGGGGGAAAAUAGGGUUAAAAAGUGGUGGACGCAUUUCUAGAACAAAUUAAAAAAAAAUCCAAACACAGGAACUGGUAGUAAUGGGGGACUUUCACUACCCAUACACCUAUUAGAAAAAUAAUAUGGCAAAACACAAAAUUUCCAAUAAGUCCUUAGAACGUUCUGAGGACAACAUUGUUUCAGAAAUGAAGUAACCAGGGAGACAGCCAUUUUAAACUUGAUUCUGACUAACAGGGAGGAAUUGGUUGUAAAUUUCAAGGUUAAAGGCAAUUUGGGUAAAAAUGAUCAUGACAUGAUAGAUUCUAAGGAAAGGAAGGAGAAAGAGCAGCAAAAUAAGAAUGGACUUUGAAAAAAGCAGACUUUAAUAAUGUCAGAGCACUGGUAAGUAAGGUCCCAUGGGAAGAAAAUGUAAGGGAUAAAUUUGUUCAGGACAGCUGGCAGUUUCUCAAAGAGACAACAUUAAAGGCACAACAGCAAAUUAUCCUGAUGUGAAAGAAACAUAGGACUAGUAACAGGCCAAUUUGGCUCUAUCAAGAGAUCUUUAAUUACCUGAAAAUUAAAAAGGAAUUCUACAAAAAGUGGAAACAUGGACAAAUUGCUAAGGAGGAAUACAAAAGUAUAGUACAAGAAUGUAAGGACAAAAUCAGAAAGGCUAAGGCAUAAAAUGAGUUACACCUAGCAAGGGAUGUAAAAAGCAAGA